UGUUAUGUUGUACCCUCACUCCCAUGAUCCCACGGCUGCCUUUGAAGGGUUCCAACCCAACUCUUGCUGCUUAGCCCUUCGAGCACUGUGCAACGGCUUGCUCCCCAGACCAGAACUUCCUGUGGUAAUCUUGCUCGGCACAAGGGCGGUUGGUUCACCUGUCACUGCUCCUUUAUCACUCUACUUUUUUUUCUCAAUAACGUCUCCCUUGGUAUUUCGGGCAAACGGUCUUUAUGGCGGGUACAAGUUGUUGUUUUUUCUUCUUGGCAGUCAAGACUUAUUGUGGACGGCUGAGGAAUACAUCUGCCAGUAAGGGGUUCCAUCCUUUUUAGGAAGAGGUGGUUGGGCGUUGUCUUGGUUGGAGACAUUCGUACCUGACACUACAUGGGUGGCAGGCAAUUCGUGGGUGUCUCGAAGGGUUAACAGUCCCAUGUGGUUUUCUCUGAUGCGGAUGGUUGAAUUAGAACGCGUUCGUCUGAAUAUACUGACUAGGUAAUAUUAGUGGCUAAAAGUCAUUAUACAAACAGGUAGUCUUCUGUAUGGGUUUGAUGGUCAACCUUGGGGUAAUUCACCUGGUCGUGCAAUGUGCCGCAGCCUGCUGUGCCCAGUAGGCGGGAAUCCAAUGUCCCACACACAGACCACCCGAUCACAUCGCAGCCACAAACUGAGCACUGAGGCUUCCAAUUAUUCCCAUGUGGAACAAGAACUCUCAGACCGCCUGUUUCCUUGCCAGUAGCCCCUUCACUCCAAUGCAGUAUCAUUGUGCAGGCAUAUGGUCAGUUACCACCACUGUUGGCUUGUCAGACAUCUAGGGUUGGGGAGUUUCCUUUGCGAACAGAGUAGUCAAAUAUUGUUUUACAACACGAUACAGCUGUAGUGCAGUUGUCAUAAACACUAGUGAUUUAUGGUGUAAGAUUACAAUCACAUUUACAUCGCAGAUAGUCCAACCCUGGUCAGAGAUUUUAAAUAAGCCCCAUUGGUAUGAGUCCUGGGUUAUGGUUUUGGCUUUUCCCUAACCUAUGACAGGGCCAGGAGCCACCACAUGGCUAUAUUCUAAAUAAGCCGAACCCAAGACUGGUCACAGUUUGUUCGUCUUUUAGUCUAGUCUCAUUUUUGUUCUUUAGAACGAACUGAAUGGCCCGUCCAUUAACCAAAGAUGGCCUUUUCCUCAGAAUACAACUUUGACAAGUCUUUUGCGGAUAUGGCUACCUAAACGCUUCUGUAGAAUAGUUUGAAGAUUAGUUUGUCCACGCAUCGCAACAAUUUAUUUGCAACUUGACAAUUUGCCUGUUGCGGCCGAAGUGCACAUCUGCGAGAUGAUAAUGCCGCGAUGUAGUCUGUGGGUAGGCCAGUAUCAAGCCUGCAUGUAGACAGCUCUGUCAUAUACAAAGAUGUUGUGUAAAUAUAUUUCUAUUUUACAUCUUUGUGAAAUAGAAACAUAUAAAGAAAUCUGUGUGCCGCAAUUCCACAGGCCCAUACUAACUGUCCUUAAUUUCUCUCCUACAGCAGUACUGCUUUGCCAGUCCUGUACUGCACUCUCUUAAGGGUGCAGCAACUCCUCCUGUGUAGGUUAUGGUGAACACAGAAGCGUGCGCUUCUUGUCAGUUUUGUCAGGGUCCACUGACUGUCUGUCUGGGUGGGAGAAAAGGCAGCUCCUCCUCGACUUCUGCCCCAAGAUCCUUCUAUUUAGGCUUUUACCAAGUACUUACUACUUUUAAAGAAUUCAAUUUAAACUUCAUUGUAUGGUCUUUUUAUUUUAAUUUUUUUAAUACUUUAUUUGGUAAUUCAUUUUUUUUCUUUUUCUAAAAUGGGAAGUCAAGACCUACAUUUCAAAAUUUGGGAUAGCAAUUGACCCAAGUCAAACUACCAACUGCUCCGGAGCAGACAGUCUGAAACAAAGUUAUUGAGCGUCUGGAUCUUAGCCUUCACUGCCUGUCGUGCAUAUGUGUAACUACAUAUACGCGAUAUGGUUUUCUACCCUGGGUUACUUAAGUAGCCCCAGGUUUAUCUCAACGACAUUGGUAGAUUUGUUAACAAACCCUUGAUUUGAAUUUGUUAAUGCUAUCAAUAAUUCCCAAUCAAGAGGAUAUUUUCUAUUUCAUUUUUAUUUGAGCCCCAGGAGGAUUUUCCUAUUGAGUGACGUAAAAAAACAACAACCAAAUCACAGGUGGUAUGCAUAUGUGUGUGAGUUCCAACCCUUUUCCAAAGUGUUACUAAUGGUAAAGAGAAAUUUUCUAGGCUUCUUUUCUGCCGGUUGAAGUCUGACUGCAGAAGGACCCUUGGCACUGAAAGUGGGGCAAAACGCCGGACCCCAAGCUGCAGUCCAGGUCGUACAUGGACGUCAUGAAGGAGCAGCAUCUGACCAAAGAGGAGAAAGAGAUCCGUCAGCAGAUGGCAGAGAAGGCCAAGACUGGAGACCUGAAGGCUGUCAACGGCUCUGCUGCCUCCCAGGCCGCCGCCGCCGCCAAGAGGAAACGCCGCUGGGACCAGACAGCCGAGAAACAGGACCAAUCGGGAACUCCCAGCAAUGCCGGCACACCUAAGAAAAUGUCCAGUUGGGACCAGGCUGAUCAGGCUGCUGAGACCCCAGGACACACCCCUGGCCACACCCCCUCCAACAGCCGCUGGGACGAGACCCCGGGCAGGAACAAGGGCAGCGAGACCCCAGGGGCCACCCCCAGCACACGCAUGUGGGACCCCACUCCCAGCCACACCCCGGCCGGAGCGGCCACCCCCGGAAGAGGGGACACGCCGGGACACGCCACACCCGGGCACGGGGGAGCCACGGGCAGUGUGCGGAAGAACCGCUGGGACGAGACGCCCAAGACUGAGAGGGAGACCCCCGGUCACGGCAGCGGCUGGGCGGAGACGCCCCGUACCGACCGAGGAGACGAGUCUGUGGGAGAGACGCCCACCCCCGGGGCUAGCAAGAGGAAGUCCCGUUGGGACGAGACCCCCGCCAGUCAGAUGGGCUCCUCCACCCCACUGAUGACCCCUGGGAAGACCCCCAUCGGGACCCCUGCCAUGAACAUGGCCACUCCCACUCCAGGUCACCUGAUGAGUAUGACCCCAGAACAGCUUCAGGCGUGGCGUUGGGAGAGGGAGAUAGACGAGAGGAACCGACCGCUCACAGACGAUGAGCUGGAUGCCAUGUUUCCAGAGGGAUACAAGGUCCUACCCCCUCCAGCAGGCUACGUGCCCAUCCGCACCCCAGCCCGGAAACUGUCUGCCACCCCCACCCCCAUCGGGGGCAUGACAGGCUUCCACAUGCCGCAGGAGGACCGGUCCAUGAAGCAGGUCAACGACCAACCCAGCGGCAACCUGCCCUUCCUCAAACCAGACGACAUCCAGUACUUUGAUAAACUGCUGGUGGAGGUGGACGAGUCGACUCUGAGCCCAGAGGAACAGAAGGAGCGCAAGAUCAUGAAACUUCUGCUCAAGAUCAAGAAUGGAACGCCUCCCAUGAGAAAGGCUGCCCUGCGUCAGAUCACAGACAAGGCCAGAGAGUUUGGGGCCGGACCCCUGUUCAACCAGAUCCUGCCCCUGCUCAUGUCUCCUACUCUGGAGGACCAGGAGCGCCACUUACUGGUCAAGGUCAUCGACCGGAUCCUCUACAAACUGGACGACCUUGUCCGCCCAUAUGUUCACAAGAUCCUGGUGGUGAUCGAGCCCCUGUUGAUUGAUGAAGACUACUACGCCAGAGUGGAAGGCAGAGAGAUCAUCUCCAACUUGGCCAAGGCUGCCGGCUUGGCCACUAUGAUCUCCACCAUGAGACCUGACAUUGACAACAUGGACGAGUACGUCCGAAACACAACGGCGCGAGCUUUCGCAGUGGUGGCGUCCGCUCUGGGAAUCCCCUCCCUCCUGCCCUUCCUCAAGGCCGUGUGUAAGAGCAAGAAGUCCUGGCAGGCCCGGCAUACUGGCAUCAAGAUUGUCCAGCAGAUCGCCAUCCUCAUGGGCUGUGCGAUCCUGCCCCAUCUGAGGAGUCUGGUGGAGAUCAUCGAGCACGGUCUGGUCGACGAGCAGCAAAAGGUGCGAACCAUCAGCGCCCUGGCUAUCGCUGCCCUGGCUGAGGCGGCCACGCCGUACGGUAUCGAGUCAUUUGACUCUGUACUCAAACCCCUGUGGAAGGGUAUCAGACAGCACAGAGGAAAGGGUCUGGCUGCAUUCUUGAAGGCCAUUGGUUACCUGAUUCCUUUGAUGGACGCUGAGUACGCUAACUACUAUACCAGAGAGGUCAUGUUGAUCCUCAUCAGAGAGUUCCAGUCUCCCGAUGAGGAGAUGAAGAAGAUUGUACUCAAGGUAGUGAAGCAGUGUUGUGGUACUGACGGUGUGGAGGCCAACUACAUCAAGACCGAGAUUCUGCCGCCCUUCUUCAAGCACUUCUGGCAACACAGGAUGGCACUGGACCGACGCAACUACAGACAGCUGGUGGAUACUACAGUGGAACUGGCCAAUAAGGUGGGAGCGGCGGAGAUUAUAUCUCGUAUCGUAGAUGACCUGAAGGACGAGGCGGAGCAGUACAGGAAGAUGGUGAUGGAGACCAUCGAGAAGAUCAUGGGGAACCUGGGAGCUGCCGACAUCGACCACAAGCUGGAGGAGCAGCUGAUCGACGGCAUCCUGUACGCCUUCCAGGAACAGACCACUGAGGACUCUGUGAUGCUGAAUGGGUUCGGCACGGUGGUGAACGCCCUGGGGAAGAGGGUGAAGCCCUAUCUGCCUCAGAUCUGCGGUACGGUGCUGUGGCGUCUCAACAACAAGUCCGCCAAGGUCCGCCAACAGGCGGCCGACCUCAUCUCCCGCACGGCCGUGGUGAUGAAGACCUGCCAGGAGGAGAAGCUGAUGGGUCACUUGGGAGUGGUGCUGUAUGAGUACCUAGGAGAGGAGUACCCUGAGGUGCUGGGAAGCAUCCUUGGUGCUCUCAAGGCCAUUGUGAAUGUCAUUGGUAUGCAUAAGAUGACUCCACCAAUAAAAGAUCUGCUGCCAAGGCUGACUCCCAUCCUCAAGAACAGACAUGAGAAAGUACAGGAGAACUGUAUUGACCUGGUGGGCAGGAUCGCUGACAGGGGGGCCGAGUAUGUCUCAGCCAGGGAGUGGAUGCGCAUCUGCUUUGAGCUGCUGGAACUCCUGAAGGCCCACAAGAAGGCCAUCCGCCGAGCCACGGUGAACACCUUCGGCUACAUCGCCAAGGCCAUUGGACCCCACGACGUGCUGGCCACUCUGCUCAACAACCUGAAGGUGCAGGAGCGUCAGAACCGGGUGUGUACCACCGUGGCCAUCGCCAUCGUGGCCGAGACCUGUUCUCCCUUCACCGUGCUCCCAGCCCUCAUGAACGAGUAUCGCGUGCCUGAGCUCAACGUGCAGAACGGCGUGCUCAAGUCCCUGUCCUUCCUGUUUGAGUACAUUGGGGAGAUGGGCAAGGACUAUAUCUACGCUGUCACGCCCCUGCUGGAGGAUGCGCUGAUGGACAGAGACCUGGUCCACCGACAGACGGCCAGCGCCGUGGUCCAACACAUGUCCCUGGGCGUCUACGGCUUUGGCUGCGAGGACUCCCUAAACCACCUGCUGAACUACGUGUGGCCCAACGUGUUUGAGACGUCGCCGCACGUCAUCCAGGCCGUCAUGGGGGCCCUCGAGGGCCUUCGGGUGGCUAUUGGCCCCUGCCGGAUGCUGCAGUACUGCCUGCAGGGUCUGUUCCACCCCGCCAGGAAGGUGCGAGAUGUCUACUGGAAAAUCUACAACUCCAUCUACAUUGGCUCCCAGGACGCGCUCAUCGCCCACUACCCACAUGUUUAUAACGACGAGAAGAACCCUUACCUCCGCUAUGAGUUAGAGUACUUCCUGUGACACUUCUGUCCACUCUCUCUUUCCGCCCCAUGAAUCUGUCUCUUUUUAUUGUCCUAUCUCUUGGUGUAUAGGACUUGGUCCGUAUAUAUAUUUUUUUUUUAGCUCCUCUGUCUUUGUAGUGGGUGUGUUCAACACUCAUUUUUAAUAAAAUAAAGUGUAUAAUUAGGGAGGAAACGAAACGCAGCAAUUUCUUAGAUUCUAUGUAUUGUUUUGUUCUUUUCUUUUAAGCUCAUUUCCAUCAAGAAGGGCAGACAGUACAGUAAACUGCAGGGUCUAAGUUAGCGAUGUUCAAAAAUGGAAAAGCAAGUCAGUGAGAACACGAUAUUGUCAUGCUUUCUGUGUAUGGCUCUUUCUAUUGGCCGUUCCCUCUCGAUUCUCUGCUCUCAAGUGAUCACCCCUUUGUUCUUAUCAGGAUGUUGCUUUAUUUGACUAAAUAAACGUUUGUGUAUAAAAUAA